AUGUCCGUCACAUUAUGCAGCUCCAGCUCUAUCAGUAAUAACUAUAAUAAUAAUGAUGAACCAUGCCUUAUUGUCCCCUCUUGCACAAAUUCAUCAAAAAACAUCUUGAGGAUGAAUAACGAUAGCAUGCUCACAAACGGACCUGGUAAAUCUAAACCAUGGAUAAUGAAAAAAUUAGAAGAAUGCAACCCAUCAUUAGUAUUGGAAAAUAAAGCAAGUGUUGCGAGAGACCAUUUAGCCAACGAAAGAACCUUCCUCGCAUGGCUUAGGACGUCUCUUUCGUUCAUAAGCAUUGGAAUAGCAAUCACACAAUUAUUUAGAUUAACAGGAGGAGGUACGUCCGAUUCACAUAAAGAUGAUAAAGUUGGUAAAGGACUAGGAAUAGCUUUUAUAGUUCUUGGAAUUAUUUUUCUUGGAUUUGGUCUCUUUAGAUAUUUUAAUUCCCAACAACUUAUGACAAAAGGUCAUUUCCCUGCUAGUAGAGUGAAAAUGUCGUACUUUCGAACUCAAUAUUCUGGUCUAAGAGAUUUUUCACCCUUUGAUGCAUUUAAGCAUGUGCAAGAUCUAAGCAAGCCUGUUCAGCAACACUUGCUUAAGGUUUAUCUAACACUUAGUAGUGUUUGUUUGGUUACUGCGGCUGGAGCUUUCGUCCAUACCAACCAUUUGUUCUUGUUUGGUGGUGGUCUCCUUUCUUUCUUGAUAGGUCUUGGGUCUUUAAUAGGUAUUAUGUCUACACCAGACACUCCGCAAAACAAAACUUUACGUUACGGUUUAUUAUAUAAUUUUGCAUUUAUGGAAGGUCUUUCAAUCGGGCCUCUUGUUGAACUUACCCUUAUGAUUCCUAAUUG